AUGGCGGCGGCCCGGCGGCUCCGCGGGGCCCUGCGGCUCGGGGCGAGGCAGCGGCUGCGCGCCGCGGCGGCAGCGCCCGGCAGACACACAGCCCCGGGUGGGCUCCAGCUGAGGGGCACAGGCUGGGAGCUGCAGCCACAACCCUCCAGGUCCUUCCUCAACCUCACCAACAAGCGGAAGGAAUACUCGGAGCGGCGCAUCAUCGGCUACUCCAUGCAGGAGAUGUAUGAUGUGGUAUCCAACGUGGAGGACUACAAGAACUUCGUGCCUUGGUGUAAGAAGUCAGUGGUGGUUUCCAAACGUUCUGGGCACCUCAAGGCUCAGCUGGAGGUCGGGUUCCCCCCUGUGCUGGAGAGAUACACGUCCAUCGUCACCCUGGUGCGCCCACACCUCGUCAAGGCUGUUUGCACCGAUGGGCGUCUCUUCAACCACCUGGAGACCAACUGGCGCUUCAGCCCCGGCAUCCCCGGUUACCCCCGAACCAGCACCGUGGAUUUCUCAAUCUCCUUCGAGUUCCGCUCCCUGCUGCACUCCCAGCUGGCCACAGUGUUCUUUGACGAGGUGGUGAAGCAGAUGGUGGCGGCGUUCGAGCGCCGGGCAGCCAAGACCUUCGGGCCCGAGACGCGCAUCCCGCGGGAGCUCAUGUUCCACGAGGUUCACCAGACGUGAGGCCAGCCCUGGGCCCCCCCUGCUCACCCCCCCAGGACUGGGCUGUGGCCCCAGGGCCACCCAAACCUCCCCCUUUCCCCCCAGUAUUUAUUUGAGUGCAUCUCUGUGGCCUCGGCCCUCGGACUCCUCCUGCCCCUGGCAGCUCAGCUGGGGCUUUCAGGGGUGGUUUUAGGUUUUUGGGAGCUCUUCUGGGUUGGAUUUCAUUUGCUUCUCUCUCCCCUCAUCUUUGUUUUUCUGCUUCAUAUGAAGUCCUUGACCAGGCUGGAUGGUCCCAGCUGGAAGGUCCCAGCCCUGGGGCAGCUCCAGGGGUCCCAGCUCUGGAGGGUCCCAGCUGGAAGGUCCCAGCCCUGGGGCAGCUCCAGGGGUCCCAGCUCUGGAGGGUCCCAGCUGGAGGGUCCCAGCCCUGGAGCAGCUCAGGGGGUCCCAGCUCUGGAGGGUCCCAGCUGGAGGGUCCCAGCUCUGGAGGGUCCCAGCCCUGGGGCAGCUCCAGGGGUCCCAGCUCUGGAGGGUCCCAGCUGGAGGGUCCCAGCUCUGGAGCAGCUCAGGGGGUCCCAGCUCUGGAGGGUCCCAGCCCUGGGGCAGCUCCAGGGGUCCCAGCUCUGGAGGGUCCCAGCUGGAGGGUCCCAGCUCUGGAGCAGCUCAGGGGGUCCCAGCUCUGGAGGGUCCCAGCCCUGGGGCAGCUCCAGGGGUCCCAGCUCUGGAGGGUGCCAGCUGGAGGGUCCCAGUCCUGGGACAGCUCAGGGGUAGCAGCUCAGAGGUGUCCCAGCCCUGGAGGGAGCUCUGGAGGGUCCCAGCCUUGGGGCAGCUCACGAGGGUCCCAGCCUUGGGGCAGCUCACGAGGGUCCCAGCUCUAUGGGGAGCUCUGGAGGGUCCCAGAUGGAAGGUCCCAGCCCUGGGGCAGCUCAGGGGGUCCCAGCUCUGGAGGGUCCCAGCCUUGGGGCAGCUCACGAGGGUCCCAGCCCUGGGGCAGCUCACGAGGGUCCCAGCUCUAGGGGGAGCUCUGGAGGGUCCCAGCUGGAAGGUCCCAGCUCUGGAGCAGCUCAGGGGUGUCCCAGCCCUGGAGGGAGUUCUGGAGGGUCCCGGCUGGAGGGUCCCAGCCCUGGGGGCAGCUCAGGGGUCCCAGGCUGCUGCUGGGGGAGGUGGGUGCUCACUGAGGUGGGGGAGUGUUGGAGGAGCCCCCCCUGGAUCCUGCCAGGGGCCAGGAGGGGGGCCAGGAGCAGGGGGGAGCCCCAGCAGCGGCGGCUCUGCCGCUGUCGCACACUUUGCACAACGCACACGCACAGAAUGGGGAGGGGGGGGGGAUGGUCCUGUGUGUCCCCCCAGCUCCUACCAACCCCCCAGCCCCUACCACCCCCCCUCACCCCCUCCUUGGGCUGAGGGACCAGCACAGCCCCAGCCCUUGGCCACUGCCUGGCUCCCACCUCCAGUUCCAGCCCCCUCCCCUUUCUCCCCCCAACCCCUGGGACUUGGGGGGAGGGGGCUCAACUUGUGUUUGGAGGGGGAGGGUGGGCACAGGGGCUCCCCCCAUGGCACCUGCUGCCCCAGCAAGGGCUUUAGAGGCCAAUAAAGAGCAUUUCCAAGGG